AUGGCUACCAUCACAUGCAACAGACUACCAAGAGACGAUGGGAGAAAACAUCGUGAUGAUCGAGAACAAAGAAGGAAAGACAGACACAGGGAUGAAAUGAAUGGCGAUGAUCGUCAAAAAAGGAGGAGAGAUGAUGAUGAAAGACACAAUAAGGAUGAUGACAGACGAUCCCGGCAUAAAGAUGAGGAUCGACGGCGAACUAACUCGGAAGACCGCCAGGCUCAGUUGACUGAGGUAAGGCAGAUGGCUAUUUCCUAUAACAAUGCUGAUGCCUGGAUGAAAGAGAAAGACAGAGGAGAGAAAGAAGAGAAAAGAGGGAAGGAAAAAGCAAGGAAAGUGAUAGAUGUUACCAAAUUUGAAUUCCAUCCAUUUUGUUAUCAGCCCGAGGACGACAGAAAGAAACCAAGGGAUGACGACAGAAAAAAACGCUUGAUUAUAGAUGACGAGGAUAAUGACAAUGAUGGAGACAAAAGGAGAGAUAGAGAAAGAGAAGAGGAUAGAGAAAGACGACGACAAAAACGAGAAGAGGAAGAUAGACGAAAACAGCAUCGUUCAAAUGAUGACAGAGAAAAUCGACAUAGGGAUGAUGAGGAUCGUGACCGACGGCGACACCGAAAGGACGACGACAAUGAAAGGCGUCAUCACAGAGAUAGAGAUGAUGAUCAGCGACGUGAUAGAGAUGAUGAGAGGAGGCCAGAGGGUGACAGACGAAAGAAGAUAGACGAAAAGAUGAGGACUCUGACCGGAGACGACAUAGAGAUCGAGAAGAUGAUGACAGAAGAAAAGAGAGAAGAGACAAAGACAGAACAAGAGAUGAUGAGGAUGACAGAAGAAAAGAGAGACGAGACAAAGACAGAACAAGAGACGAUGAGGAUGAACGUGAAAGACAGAGACAAGAAAGAAGAGAAAAAAGAGAAGGAAAAGACAAAGAUAAGGAUCAUGACCGAGACAGAGAUCGAAGAAAGAAGGAAGAAGAGGAGGAAGAAAGGCGUCGAAGAAAACAGGAAGAAAAGGAAAGAGAAGAGAGGAAAUCAAAAGAGAGAUCAUCAUACGGGAGAAGCAGAGGCGAUAGAAAGUCUGCUAGACCAGGAUACAGGAACAAAAAGCUCAAAGAAGAAAGAAGAAGAGGAGGAAGAUGAUCCUUAUGCAGAUGAAGAAUUUGAGCCCUCAUCCCAACACCCACCUCAAACCCAACCAACCCUAAAACUCAACCAACCCUCACCCCAACACCCACUCCCUACCCAACCCACCCUAAAACUCAACCAACCCUCACCCCAACACCCACUCCCUACCCAACCAACCAUAAAACUCAACCAGCCCUCACCCCAACACCCACUCCCUACCCAACCCACCCUAAAACUCAACCAGCCCUCACCCCAACACCCCACCUCCACCCUAACCCACCUUAAAACUCAACCAGCCCUCACCCCAACACCCACUCCCUACCCAACCCACCCUAAAACUCAACCAACCCUCACCCCAACACCCACUCCCUACCCAACCAACCAUAAAACUCAACCAGCCCUCACCCCAACACCCACUCCUUACCCAACCAACCAUAAAACUCAACCAGCCCUCACCCCAACACCCACUCGCUACCCAACCAACCAUAAAACUCAACCAGCCCUCACCCCAACACCCACCUCCACCCUAACCCACCUUAAAACUCAACCAGCCCUCACCCCAACACCCACUCGCUACCCAACCAACCCUAAAACUCAACCAGCCCUCACCCCAAUACCCACUCCCUACCCAACCCACCCUAAAACUCAACCAACCCUCACCCCAACACCCACUCCCUACCCAACCAACCAUAAAACUCAACCAGCCCUCACCCCAACACCCACCUCCACCCUAACCCACCUUAAAACUCAACCAGCCCUCACCCCAACACCCACUCGCUACCCAACCAACCCUAAAACUCAACCAGCCCUCACCCCAACACCCACUCCCUACCCAACCCACCCUAAAACUCAACCAACCCUCACCCCAACACCCACUCCCUACCCCAACCAACCAUAA